AUGCACUAUGUAAAGAAAUGGAGCAUGCAAACUCUAGGCCUUUCACUGCCAAAAUCGAGCAGGCUGCGUGUCGACCCUAGUCUUGGGAGGCUCCUAAUAAGGUCGACCCUCAUUUACACACUUCAAACGGGAUUCCAAUCCAGAGAGCCACCUAAAACACUUCAAAAGUGUCAUGAUCCUCUACAAGGCAAACAACGCGCUGAUGUGCAAGGUGUUUGCAAUGACCUUGCUAAAGGUCACCCAAGACUAGUUCCACACCCUUCCAUCCAGAAGUCCGAUGAAUCCUUUCGAGAUUACAUUAAGAGAUUCAAAGCAGAAAAGGCCAACAUUGUAGGAUGUGACGAUCGAAUCGCGUCCUCUACUUUUAAGAAAGGCCUUCUAGCUGAACACGACUUGUACCGCGAGCUGACUAUCACUCCCAGCCAGAUUCUAGCAGAGGUCUUCGAGAUCGCGGAACGCUACACACUUUGGGAUGAUGAAAGAAUCGCUGCAAAGAAUUCUACUAAGCAGGAAGAUCAGCCCACUAAGCAGGCAGGCCAAAGAAGCGACGGGUUUAGCAACAGGAACAAGGACAAGUGCAGGUCGCACCCACAAGGGGACGCUACGGCAGGAGAGAACUACACCAAGUUCACCAUCCCCAUACAUCAAAUCUUAGCCCAAGUGAAAGACAAACCUUGGGUAAGAAGGCAGCCACCCUCUAAAUGGGAUCUGAACAAGAGGGAUACUAGAAAGUACCGUGCCUUCCAUAGGAUGCACGGGCACACUACGCACGGGCACCUUGAAGAACUCGUGAUAGAAGGUCAUUGCAUGGAAUUCGUUGUGAAGCAGGCCGUCUAG